AACAGUAUUCGGCCAUAUAAGAACGCCAUUUGAGGAAUUUACCUUAUCUUCUUAUUUUCAUAAGAGACGAUGCAACACAUGGAUGAUCUGACGUUCGGUGAAAAGCUAAAAAUAGCAGUUAAUACGGAUGAUGUCGACGAACUUCUCCGUGUAUGCUGUGAUAGUUCAGAUAGGAAGAACAUUUUAGAAUUUAAAAACGAUAAUGGACAUUGUUUAUUACAUCUUGUUGUCGGUUUUGGUACCGUUGACCUUAUGCGAACUUUGAUUGACCUAGGUGCUGGUGUAACUGAGGACUACUGCAAUCAUAAAACCAUUUUACAAACUGCCUGUUGCCAAGGUAACACAGAGGUUGUAAGGUUUUUAUUACAAAAUGACAAGAACUUGAAGAACGACGCAACAAGAAUUGAAUUCAAUAACGAUAAAUGCCUUUACUAUUAUGCUGCAAGAUCGGGGAACAUUGAAACAAUCCAAAGUUUACAGCAUAAUGGUCAUUUGGAUAUUAACCAAAUUUUCCCAAAAGGAAGUACUGCAUUAUUGAAGCUUGUGAAAAAGAAUGACUGCAAGGGCAUUGAGACCUUGUGUCUAAGUGGAGCUGAUGUAAAUAUAGGGACUAUCAACAAAACUAUGUAUGACCCUGGAUAUAAAGCAAUCCAUCUUGUUUCAGAAGGUAUCAAGAACGGUGCUGAAAUGAUCCAGAUACUCUUGAAAUAUGGUGCAAAUGUAAAUGAACCAUUUAUAAGAUCUAAGCUUAACCAGCAACCUCUUUUUAUGGCGAUUAAAGUGGGGCAUGUAGGUAAUGCUAAAGUGCUGUUAGAGCAUGGUGCUGAUAUAUCAUUUAAGGGGAAAUCUUCUAAAGAAACAAUUGGGUGUUUUUGUCUAGCGAUAAAAAAAUGUCCAUCACUAGUUUCAGAAUUAAUCAAACGUGGUGCAAACCUGUACGAGAGGCACAACAAAAAGUCAGUUCUGAUGAUUGCUUUAGACAGUGACGCAGGAAGUGAGGCUAUUGAGGCUUUAGUUAAAGCUGGUGCAAAUGUAAAGUUUGGAAGAGACGGAAAAACUGUUAUACAAUGUUGUACACGUUAUGACCAACUAAAGUCAUUCCUUAAUGCUGGAAUAUCUGUGGAGAAUAUCGAGUCUAUACACAAAAUAUCUACAGUAGGAUUGGCUCUGAAAACCGUAAUUAGUAGUUUCUCCGGUUAUAGUGGAAGUUCAAACCUGGAUGGGCUAUCUGAAUUUUUAAUUAAUAAUGAGAUAUCAGAGCUGGUUGAAAAUGAAGUUGUUGAUUUGAUUUCAAACGGUGCCGAUCCAGAUAUGUUAACUAAGGAACAUGAGAUACCAUUGAUUAUGGCUAUCGAAAAGCGAAUGAAAGGUGUCUUCAAAACUUUAAUAGAUGCAGGUGCCAACACAAAUAAACUGGGGAAAGACGGUAAUUCGGCCAUCCAUUUGUGCUGCAUAGGUUAG